UUAUAUAAUAUUACUGGAAAGGUGGCAAAUAUAUUUUUACUGUGCAAAAAUAUUACCUGUGUGACCCCCAUAAUCUUAAUCUACGCCCCUGACAGCUUGCCAUUCUGCCCAAUUGUACCAUACUGUAAACCAUAUCGUGAAAUUGUUUAUAUUUUAAAAUAUCAGAAUGCCCAAGGAGGAUUGCAAAUAUUGGGACAAAUGCUAUCAGCGGAAUCCGGCACACCUUUCUAAGUACAAUCAUCCAGACAAGAAAGAGGAAAAAGACAAAGAAGGUAAAGAAGAUAAAAAAGUGGCGCCAAAACGGAGUGCAUCCGCGCAGCCGGAGGAAAAAGCUAUCCCCAACGCAAGCAGCUCCAGUACAGAGAGAGGUAAUAUGGAGGAUCAGCAGGAGGAAGCCAGGGGCAGCUACGAAACCGAAACGGCAGAGCUGCAGAAGGAGGCCCUGAACAACAUUUCCGGCAAAAACUACAUGGAGAUUCUGGAGAAGCGCAUUCGGUUAUCUGUGCAGCAGGAGUAUGACAACCUCUGCCAGUCAAACGAGUUCAUCAGGCACAAAUUUCUGGUCGAAAUGCCAUCGGAUUUCUACGAGUUCUGGAAAUUUGUGGGAACGCUGAAAACCGAUCCAUCAAAACCCAAGACUGCCGGACUAGAGCACCUCGAGAAAGUAUUCCAACUGAAGUUGGUGGGACCGUUUGAGUUCCUUGCUGGCAAGUUCCACGGUGCCAAAAUGGGGGAACCAGGUGACUACCUUCGGCACUGGCGCUUCUACUACGACCCGCCCGAGUUCCAGACUGUCUUUGUGCGCCGAGGAACUGGGAUUCAUUACGGCUAUUGGCGCGACGUGCCGCAGGACAAGGAGAACCUCUUAAUCGCUCGCAACGACUCGGCCAAAGGCUGCGAAUUUGAGUUUGUUGCUGGAAACAUAUUCGAUGCGUUCCUCUACUUUCUGGAGCACGAUUUCAUGGGCACACCAUUCACCACCGGACAGUUGAGUGGGACCAAAAAGGCUGUGCCAAAAUACUUAAGCGAAAAUUCCCUGGAACUACCACAGCUGGACCGUUUGCAGCGGGAACGCAACAAGCGGGUGGUGGCCAAGACUUUCCAUCGUGCAGGAAUCGUUGUUCCCUUCGAUCGGAAGACGCAACUGGGCUACCGCCCACUCGCGGUUAGCGAUAAUGAGCUCAAGAAGAUGCUGGCCCUAUUGGAGCACAAGGAUAUCGAUGGUCAAGCCGCCAAGCAGGCAGUUUUGGAGAAGCUGCAGCCGGUGGCCAACGCAGCUAUCAUUGCUGUCGAUGAAUCCGACUUUGGCAGCGCUCUGGAACUGGGCACCGACUUGUUCAGCAGCGGCCACAAGGAGCUACACAUGUUGGCGUCGUCUCUGCUGGUUCCGGCCUAUUCAAUGUUAUCCCGCCCGCAGUUUAUCGCCAUCGCCAAGGCGCACAUGGAACAGCGUAGUCGGGAGGUGAACCUUUGCAUGUUUGAAGUACUAAAGUAAUUCGAUUUUUUAAAUUCCACAACCGCAUCCUUUUUAAGAAUGAAUUAAAACUAGGAAACACCA